GAACAGUAUAAAAAGGCUCGCCAACAGUUUGUGCAGACAAUAGCAGACCAAUCAUGUCAGCCACACAUGAUAGAUAUUUUGCAUCAGGUGGGGGUGCUUAACCUAUUGAAACCUCUUUUGAUGGACUGCGUACCCAGCAUCCAACAAACUGCUGCUACUGCUCUGGGCAGACUGGCAAACCACAGUGAUGCCAUGGCUGAAGCAAUUGUCGAUUGUGGCAUUCUACCACAGCUCGUUUAUUCACUGUCAGAACAAAAUGCAAGUGAAUUAUUUUACAAGAAGGCAGUGGCUUUCGUUUUGAGAUCAGUAGCAAGACACAGUCCACGCUUAGCUCUGGCCAUUGUUCAGUGUGGUGCAGUAGAUGCAUUGGUCAUUUGCUUGGAAGAAUUUGAUCCUGGGGUUAAGGAAUCAGCUGCCUGGGCGUUGGGAGAUAUUGCUAAACAUAACCCAGAGUUGGCUCAAUCUGUGGUGGACGCAGGCUCAGUUCCUUUGUUGGUGACGUGUCUCCAGGAACCUGAACAUGCCGUAAAAAGAGUUGCUGCCUCAGCCCUUAGUGAGAUAUCGAAACAUUGUGUAGAACUUGCUCAGGUUGUCGUCGAUGCCGGUUCCAUCUGCCUUCUCGUUCGACUUAUACCAUGUCCUGAAACUAAAGUUAAGCGACAAGUUUAUUCGGCUCUGGGCCAAAUAGCGAAGCACAACAUCGAUUUGGCGGAGAUGGUCGUCGAUGCGGAAGUUUUCCCAUACGUGCUGCACAGUUUAAAAGACCCCGAUGAUAUUGUGAAGAAAAAUGCCGCAACGUUGGUCAGAGAAGUGAGCAAGCACUCGUCAGAAUUGGCUCAGCUGGUCGUGAACGCCGGCGGAUUGGGCGCUGUGGUUGAAUACAUGGGAUGUACUAGAGGCAAUAUAAGGCUGCCUGGCGUCAUGAUGCUUGGUUACGUUGCCGCACAUUCCGAAAAUCUGGCCAUGACGGUCAUCGUUAGUAAGGGCGUCGUGAUGUUGGGCUGUGUUCUGUGUGAUGAAUGCGAAGAUUACAUGUUAGCUGCGGCCGCCUGGUCUCUCGGACAGAUAGGAAGACACACGCCAGAACACGCGAAAGCCGUAGCGAUGGCAAACGUUCUACCGAGGCUGCUGCAACUCUACAUUACCGAAAGUUACUCGGAGGACUUGAAAAUAAAAGCUAAAAACGCACUCAAGAGCGUAAUUACAAAAUGUACACUACUAUGUGCCCUGGAACCACUAUUCCAAGAAGCCCCUGAGAACAUAAUGAAACAUAUUUUGGGCCAGUUCAGCAAAGUUUUGCCUCAUGAUUCACAGGCCAGAAAAGAUUUUGUUACCUCGGGAGGUUUGAAAAAAAUUCAAGAAAUAAAAGCUGAACCAGGCAGUGCAAUGGCUGAAUAUAUAACGGUUAUAAAUAAUUGCUACCCCGAGGAAAUUAUCAGAUAUUAUUCUCCUGGCUACCCCGAAUCUCUUCUAGAGAAAUUAAAUAUUUAA